CUUUUUUUGAAUACCCUGUUCUACGUCCAUUUCAUUCCAUUUCCUGCUUAUCAGAUCAUCAACAUGAGUGCAGCAGAUUACUACGGGCCAAAUCCCCACAAUGACCAUACUCCUGGACCCAUCAACUACAGACCUCUCGAUAAUUAUGCCCCCUCAGGAAGUAACAGCAGCCCUCCGCCAAGCGGCUAUAGUCCGUCAAACAACUACGAUCCCAACGACCCAGAAGGCGAGCGGGGUCUCGGGUCCACGAUCAUUGGCGGUGCAGCUGGAGGAUACGCUGGACACAAGCUGGGUAAUGGAAAGCUGGCAACAGCCGGAGGUGCCGUUCUAGGUGCCGUCGGUGCAAAUAUGGCAAGUCAUGCUUGGAAGGAGCAUAAUCACCACAGCCAUCCACCCACUAAUUACGGGCCUCUACCUAGUAACUAUGGUCCUCCUCCCAGUAACUAUGGCUCUCCUCCGAUGAACUACGGCCCUCCAAGCAACGGCUACAAUGUUCCCUACCAAGCUGGUCCGCCACCACCAGGAUAUGGAAAUCCAAGCUACCCCCCGGCUCCACAACCAGGCAUGGGUAUGGGUAUGGGAAUGGGAAUGGGCAUCCCGCCCCUCCCCGCAGGAGCGAGCAAAAAACAGCGAAAACACUACGAGGAUGCUCUAGAUGAAGCGCAAAAAGCCGAUAAAGAUCUCAUGGAGAUUAAUAUGAAGAUGGAAAAAGAGAGGGCCAAGGCGGCCAAGGAAAUGAGGAAGAAGGGUGAUAAACCUAAGGACAGAUUUAAGAUUGAGGAGGAUUUGAAUGAGGAGUUGUUCAAGUUGGAGGAGGAUAGGAGGAAGAUUCUUUUUGAGAAGGAGGAAAAGGUGGCGAGGGCCUUAAGGGGUUGAUUGUGGAUUUGGAUCUGGAGUUUGGGAGUUGACAAUAAUUCACUGGGUAGUUCUGGGUAGCUUGUAAGAGAUGUCUAAUAUCAUUGAGUUCUGCUGGUUAGGAAUGGCUAUCGGUUUUAUGUAAAGUCGUUCCCAUCUCGAAGCUGAACAUCUUGGACUUGUCUGUCUUCCUACGCUAAUACCUGUAUCCAACGAAUAAUUUGCUAGUCAAGAUGAUCCACAACGUUGACAAGUACAUCGCUGAAAUACCG